CACAACGGUCACACUGCACACACACUCGUCCGUACCUCGGCGGUCCGUAAACAAUAUUUACUCGGUUUUCGGCUAAAUCGCCAGAGAAACGCAACGGGAAAUCGUUUAAAAUGCGCCCCAGUGCACCGAGUUUGAACGCAAAAUGAAUUGAACAUUCUUCCAGUGCUCAACAAACAGUCCGUGCGAGCGCGCGCGUGUGUGUGUGUGCGCAGGAAAAACCGCCGAUCGGGAAAGGUGUAGAAAAGUCCGUAGGGAGUUAAACAAAAGGCAGCAGCGCAUUAGCAAGAUAACACACACGCGACGACUACGUCGGAUGCGCCAGGAGAAAGGCGACGACGACGGCGACGGCGAAGGCGACUGAGCGAGUGAGCCAGCCAGCGCAGCACUAAGUCAGCGGAGCACCCGCUUCUUUUGGCCAAGUUCUGGGAGCGCACAGCAUGCAACAAGAACAACGGCAACACCACCUCCUUCACCACGACGACGACAGGAUGUGCGCUAGUAGUUGAUCGGAACAGGAUCGCUCGCCCACACCAAACAAAAGUCAAAGGAAAGGAGUCACACUCGCCAACAAAAAACAUAAACAAAACAACAACACAACACCACCACACACACAGCACGAUGAACACCAGCCAGACAGCUGCCGGCAAUCGCAUCACUUUCACCAGCCAGCCGCUGCCCAAUGGCACCAUCAACAUAGCCGGCAAUCCCGGCGCCGUCAUAUCAACGGCCCAGCUGCCGAACACCACCACCAUCAAGACCAUACAGGCGGGGAUCGGUGGUCAGCAUCAGGGAUUGCAGCAGGUCCAUCAUGUCCAGCAGCAGCAGCAGCAGGCGCAACAGCAGCAACAACAGCAGCAGCAGACGCAAUCCGUAGGUGCCACCCAAACUCAAACCCUAGUUAUUAAAUCCAACCACCAUGCUGUCACCCUGCCGGCGGGUCUAGUCUCAAGUGCACCAGCAGGAAUCGUAACCAUGACCAAGACCAUCAAUCAGGCCGGUCAACCGCUGCUGAACUCGAUGCUGCCGGCGGGCGUGGUGGUGGGCAUGCGCCACCAGGCGCCGUCGCAGCAGCAGCAGAAGAAUGUGCCCACCAACCCGCUCAGCCGUGUGGUGAUCAACUCUCACAUGGCGGGCGUGAGACCGCAGAGUCCAUCGAUAACUUUAAGCACACUUAAUACGGGUCAGACCCCGGCAUUGCUGGUCAAGACGGAUAACGGAUUCCAGCUGUUGCGCGUGGGCACGACGACGGGUCCGCCGACGGUGACACAGACCAUAACCAACACCAGCAAUAACAGCAACACGACAAGCACCACAAACCAUCCCACAACCACACAGAUCCGUCUGCAAACUGUGCCGGCUGCAGCUGUAAGUAGAUACCAACAACAACAACAACAGCAACAUCAGCAGCAACAACAGCAGCAAUCGCAACAGCAACAGCAGCAACAAGCAACCAACAGCACUACCGCCAGCACUAGCAUUGCACUGCGCAAAACGAUUGUCCGUACAUCAUCCACAGUCCCAUCCAGCAAUAAUAACAAUAAUAAUAGUAUUAUCAAUGCCACCACCACCACCAACACCACCACCACUACCAACAACAACAACCAGAACAACAACAAACCCGCUACUAACCAGCAACAGCAGCAACAGAAGCUCCAACAGCAGCAACAUCUCAAGGCCCAGCAGCAGCAGCAGCAACAUAAACAGCAACAGGCAUCCGCUGCGGCUGCCGCUGCAGCAGCUGCCGCCAAUGUGGCAGCCACCAUAAAGAUCAAGCAAAACUCUAUGACCAACACAACCGCCACCAGCAACAUUAUUGUCAAUUCGGUGGCCAGCAGUGGCUAUGCGAACUCAUCGCAGCCGCCGCACUUGACGCAAUUGAAUGCGCAGGCGCCGCACUUGCCGCAGAUUACGCAGAUCCAAACGAUACCGGCCCAGCAGUCCCAGCAGCAGGUGAACAAUGUCAGUUCCGCGGGAGGUGUGGCGUCGGCGGUGAGCAGUACGACGGCAGCGACGACGACGCAGCAGGGCAAUACCAAAGAAAAGUGUCGCAAGUUUCUAGCCAAUUUAAUCGAAUUGUCGACACGGGAACCGAAGCCGGUGGAGAAGAAUGUGCGCACCCUCAUCCAGGAGCUGGUCAAUGCGAACGUGGAGCCGGAGGAGUUUUGUGACCGCCUGGAGCGCUUGCUCAACGCCAGCCCGCAGCCAUGUCUGAUUGGAUUCCUCAAGAAGAGUUUGCCCCUGCUCCGGCAAGCGCUGUACACCAAGGAGUUGGUAAUCGAAGGCAUCAAACCACCGCCGCAGCAUGUGCUCGGUCUGGCCGGACUCUCUCAACAGCUGCCUAAAAUACAAGCGCAAAUCCGUCCGAUCGGUCCCAGCCAGACAACGACCAUUGGACAGACGCAGGUGCGCAUGAUCACGCCGAAUGCCUUGGGCACGCCACGACCCACUAUUGGCCACACCACGAUAUCGAAGCAACCGCCCAAUAUCAGGCUGCCCACAGCACCGCGACUCGUCAACACGGGAGGAAUUCGCACCCAGAUACCUUCGUUGCAGGUGCCUGGACAGGCGAAUAUAGUGCAAAUUCGCGGACCGCAGCAUGCGCAAUUGCAGCGCACGGGAUCGGUGCAAAUCCGGGCUACCACCCGGCCGCCGAACAGUGCGCCCACCGCGAACAAACUCACUGCCGUCAAGGUGGGCCAGACGCAGAUCAAAGCGAUCACGCCCAGCUUGCACCCGCCCUCGCUGGCCGCCAUAUCUGGCGGACCACCGCCAACGCCCACGCUGUCCGUUUUGUCCACGCUGAACUCCGCCUCGACCACAUCGCUGCCGAUACCGUCGCUGCCCACGGUCCACCUUCCACCCGAAGCUCUUCGAGCCCGAGAGCAGAUGCAAAACUCGCUGAACCACAACAACAAUCACUUCGAAGCGAAGCUGGUGGAGAUCAAGGCGCCGUCGCUGCAUCCGCCGCACAUGGAACGGAUCAAUGCAUCUUUAACACCGAUUGGAGCCAAGACGAUGGCAAGGCCACCGCCAGUGAUCAACAAGACGCUGGGUAAAAAGAAACGAGACGCCAUGGAAAUGGACGCCAAGCUGAAUGCAAGCGGAGCGGCAGCAUCGGCGGCGAACUCGUUUUUCCAGCAGAGCUCCAUGUCCUCGAUGUACGGCGACGAUGAUAUCAACGAUGUGGCCGCCAUGGGUGGCGUUAACCUGGCGGAAGAGUCGCAGCGGAUUCUCGGCUGCACGGAAAACAUCGGCACGCAGAUACGUUCCUGCAAAGAUGAAGUGUUCCUCAAUCUGCCCGCCCUGCAAGCCCGGAUACGGGCCAUUACGUCGGAGGCGGGACUGGAUGAGCCGUCGCAGGAUGUGGCCGUUCUGAUAUCGCACGCCUGCCAGGAGCGACUGAAGAACAUUGUGGAGAAGUUGGCUGUGAUAGCGGAGCACCGCAUUGAUGUCAUCAAGUUGGAUUCACGCUACGAGCCCGCCAAGGAUGUGCGCGGUCAGAUCAAGUUCUUGGAGGAACUGGACAAGGCCGAGCAGAAGCGACACGAGGAGCUGGAGCGCGAGAUGCUGCUGCGGGCAGCCAAGUCGCGGUCGCGCGUCGAGGAUCCCGAACAGGCCAAGAUGAAGGCGAGGGCCAAGGAGAUGCAGCGCGCCGAGAUGGAGGAGCUGCGUCAGCGAGAUGCCAAUCUGACGGCGUUACAGGCGAUUGGACCUCGGAAAAAGCUGAAGCUGGACGGCGAAGCGGUCAGUGCGGGAGUGGGUUCCAGUGGCGGCGGAGUGCUCAGUAGUUCGGGAUCUGCGCCAACGACGUUAAGGCCGCGCAUCAAGCGUGUGAACCUGCGCGACAUGCUCUUCUACAUGGAGCAGGAGCGCGAGUUCUGUCGCAGCUCCGUGCUGUUCAAGACAUACCUCAAGUGAUCGCUGCUGUUGCCCAUCAUUCGCACCGUGUUCUUCUCGCAGAUUCUCCUACUCCGUGGACUGUCGUCGUCGUCGUCGUUGUGUCUCCAGCUUUACGAUUUCAUCCAUUUGCAAUAUAUUUUAGCCUCAAAUUUAACUGCGUCGCGUCUCCCCCUUUGUUGUUUCUUUUUUAGUUAGGCGGCCCUAUUUAAUUUCUAUAUUUACGUUUACACACUUAAACCCUAAAUUCUAAUCGUAUUUGAUUUAAGCCUAUUUUAAAGCUCGUUUAUUUUUCCCAAUAAAUUGUCUGUAAAACUUAAACCAAACCAAUCCAAAAAAAGAAAACACAAAAACAAAACAAAACCAGAGUAACGUAAACGAAAGGAUUAAAUAAUAGAGAGGAAUAUUAAAGUACAGAGAACGCGCAGUCAGCGGGCGUUUGAUUUGUAAUUUGUAUCAUAAUGUUUGCAUCAACUGCAUUGACGGCCUUAUCUAAACGAUAUAAACAUAUAUAUUAAUAUUUAAUUAUUUAGCUUAGUUUGUUAAACGAAAACGAAGCAUAAUUUAUAGAUAUUAAGCGAAAAGUAAGCGCGCGCGCGAUAUAACACGAGAAAUCGAAACCGAAUUACAGAUAGAUGGUUUUUAAAACCAAAAGAUCGAAACAAGUUCAGCAACUGCUAAAACAAAAAUUAAACAAAACACAUCAAAAACAGAAGCGAAGAAAAUAUCCAUUUAAACAUAAAAACAUUGAAUUAGUUAUAGUUGUUUAAACAAAACGAUGUAAUUUUUAAUUACCUAUAUUGUAUAAACGGAAACCAAUCGUUAGGCAAGACCACAACAAACAAAUUGUAAAUACAUGCUAGGAUACGAUUUUUCUAAUAGAUAACUAGGUAAACGCAAACGUAAUUAACGAAUUCUCGAUGGCUAGGAACGGUGGGAACGCAGAGAUCUUAGUACACCGAUAUAAAAUAUGUUUUAGUGGCGCUCGUUCAUCCAUUGAAAAACACGGUUCACAAGGCUCCCCCAAAUCCCAAAACGGCCCCAAUCAAACCCGGCCUACACACACACAAAAUAGACAAAUUUUAUACAAUUAGCCGGAUAAAUCUUGUAAAAUACAAUCCCAAAACAAACAAAUUAUAACAAAUAAAUUGACAAUUGAUGUAAUUCAGUAAAACUAAGCAAAAAGGAACAAUUCUAAACAAAUUCUUUGUGUGUACAUUAAAUUAAUAUGAAAAACAAAAAGCAGGCAAACGCAACCGUAAACACAGCGCAUAGUUUGGUAGGCAUAUAACUGAAUAUAUAUAAAUAUUAUUAUUAUUAUUAUGUUUUAAUAUUAAGCAAAAAAAAA